UGCUUUACAAUGUCGUAUUACGCGCGUAGGAUCACCGAGUUUGACACUAAAUUUAGUUUGUACCGGAAACGCAUUUUUUGAACGAAGUGAAACUGAAAGCAGAAAUAUUUAGCCGGUAUAUUUGAAAAAGUUCCCACGUCAAACUAUCAUUCAAUAUGACAACAUCAGUUCCAAAGCGACCAUGUAUCGAGCACAACAGAAUUCAAAGCAUCAGGAAGUCGAACCUGGUACCUCUGUGUAACAAUUCAGUGCUAUAACCAACUGAGAUAAAGAAGUACUUUCCCAUUUACAGCUACCUAUAAAGCUAAGUAUCUACUACCUAAGGGAAGCAAUCCUGUCACAUGUUUUUUUGUUAAAAUGACAUUAUAAAAAUUCAAUUAUUAUGUAAUAGGUGUUACUUAAAUUGUGAUCGAUAUAUCUUUACUUAUUGGUUGUAAGACUUAUUUUUAUUUUGCAUGUUUUGUAUUGGCGGAAAAAAUGUAAUUUAAUUUUUUUUAGAAAGUCUUAAAUUUUCUUUCAAGUAAACAUGGUGAAGGUAGAUUCCUAAACAUUUCCUAAUCAUGCUUAUGUCAGAUCAUGAGAAACUUCUGGUGCCAAUCAUCAACCUUUGGGAGAAAAAAAAGUCACUUACCUGUCAACUCUUUAUUUUCCUCCUGUGUUGAUAGGAGCACAUUAGCUAUAACUGAUUUCUUUUUAUAGUUGAUGUUUAUAAAAUUCAUUAAUAAAAAGUAGUGUGAAAGAAACAAUUAGAGGGCAUUGUUUUAUACUGAUAUUUGAUUAAUGAUAGAUAUUUAACAAAUGCAAUGAAGUUGAAAUGAAAACAAGUUCAAAAUUUUAAAUAAUUUUCAGAGAGGUUGACAGGUACGAACUCAUAGUAUUCCUCAAAUUUGGUGAUACUUUUACCAUUGAGCCAUCUUUGAUCAAUUAUAUAAAUAGGGCACUAUAGAUCAUGUAGAUCUACAUGUAUCAGGAAACCACCCAUGGCAAUUUGACUUGAAUAUGUAAAUGGUUUUGCAGUUUCAUGUACAUUGUUCAGUACACAUACAUGUAGGGACAUACUGAGAUAAGUGUCUUGGAUUGGCAUUGUGUCUGUCAUGACAAACAGAAAAGUCAGUUUGUUACCCGAAAUAUUAGCUGUGAAAUAUUAGUCAAACCUGAUUAAGAGUAAAAAAGAUAAAUAGCAUAUCAUUUGAGUUGGUUAAGCAAAUAACAACUUGAUGUCAGAUAGUUAGCAAUGGUAGAAAGUUACCUGAUCCAGUUACAUAUGUGAACUUUUUCAAUUGACUCAGUGCUGUUGAAAUUUUUUUAAGUCUGUCAGACAAUGGGUCCUACAGACUUGUCCACCUAGUCGGACCCUUUGAGUUUUUGCCAGACCUUCACUUUUUAACAUAAAUUUAAGCAUUUCAGUAAGUUGUAUACUCACAUGCAUUGUUGAAGUUUAUAAGUUAAAUAUUACUUGAUAUAAAAGGCAAUAGCGAAGAUACUGGACUCAAAGAGAACUGUCGAAAAGAAUAUAUAAGUCUGUAUACAAAAAGUCAAGAAUUGCUCAACUAAAUCAACAAACAAUAAAUUUCAUGAAUGUCAUAUCCCUGACUUGAGAUUUUUUUCUAGAAAAAUUGAUGGUUAAAACAUGGUUUUAUAAUGUACAUCAUAUUAACAUGUUUUGUCUUCUCUUACCUAUAAUUUAACCCUUUUCAUACUAAAACAGGAACAUUUAGCACUUACAUUUUUUUCUUUCCCCAAUAUAAUGAUUUUUAUGCUAAUUUGAGAUUUUUUUUUAAAACAAUGUAAGCAGACAAUAAUUACAAGCAGGGCAGACCUGUUAAAAGAUAAUUAUACAGCAGAAAAUAAAUUACAUUGGUAGUUGUAACAACAUGCAAUAAAAAGGGACUAACAAAAUCAUUUGAAAGAAUUUAAAAAAAAACUGAAGAUUUAUCAUGUUUAUUAAAUACAAGGUGCAAAAUAGAUUACCCAUCCAAAAUUGAGCACAGGAAAUUUUAUGAAUCAUAAAUAAAAAUUAAACACCUUCCUUCAUUCUUUAUUUACAGAAAAAUAUCAACUGAUCAUGCAUACAUUUAUAGUAUGAAGCUUCGGUCAAUGCUUUUACACCCCAAUAAAAUUAUAAAAAGGAGCAUCCAAUUCUUAAAUAUUUUUAAUUCUAUCUGGCAUCAGAAAUUUAUAUUGAAUAUAAAUUGUAUACAGUUUAUUGUUUUAAUAUGCAAUACAAUAGUUCUUCAAUUCAUUUGAAAAAAUUAAAAUAAAUCUGCUUUCAUAUAAAAUAGGUAAAAGUUUAUUUGCAAGGAGACAGAAAAUAAGUAUACUUUUUUUUUUGGCUUGAUAAAAAAUAUAAAUGAUAGCCUCAAAACCCUGUAAGGAGAUUUUUGUUAGUUCUGAAAAUAAAUAUUUUCUAAUCUUGUCUAGAAAAAUUUACAGAAGUGCAGUGCAAUAAAGCUUUUAUAUGUAUGUUUGCUAACCCUUACCAGGGGCGGAUUUAGGGGGGUGGCCCGGGUGCCCAGGCCCCCCCUUAUGGAGCUUUAUUUAUGGUUAAUCCAGACUUUUUAUCGGUUCAACUACAAAUUUUGUCUAGUUUGGGGGCCCAAGCACCCCCCCCUUUCCCAAACCUGGAUCAGCAUCUGCUUACGUUUACACAAGAUACAUAUAUACAUUUUUUUCAGAAACUCUUAAUCAUACAUUAUUAUUUUUACAAAUCCUUACAUUAAUAUGUUAAAUUUUUUCAGAAACAUGGUAUUAUGUGUAUUAUCAGCAGAGGUCAGACAGCGACAUGAACCACUGUAUUGUGUUGAUGUUUUAGAUAAAUCUGGUCAAUCUGGGAUAAUAUGGAAGAGUGCCUUGAAGGAUCAAAUUCAUGUGACAAUAGCAGACAGGGAGAUUGAUGAUUCUUUGAAAUCAAAUUUAGACACAUACAGUCUGUUAUGUCGAGAUCUACCAUUAGAUAUAAAUCGAAUACCUGGAGAUCCUAUGGAACCACAGCAUGUUAAUGAAAUAUAUAUUGCAAAAUGUUCAGCUAAUGUUGUUCUACAUAUGGAAGCCUUUGAUUUUGUAAACAUGAAUCCAAACCAGCAUUUAGUCAAUGUUUUAGAUUCAGCAGUGAUGAACUUAAAACAUAAUGGAAUAUUGUGUGUAUCAUCUACCGACAUUUCAUCAAAAUUUACAAGAACUGCUCAUGUUAUACAUAGACAUUAUGGAGCAAGCGUUAUCAAAACCAGUUAUAUGAAAGAGCUAGCUCUCAGAAUUGUCAUAGCAAAUAUAGUCAGGUCAUGUGCAAAAUGUAACAAAGGAAUUGAUGUGUUAUUAUCGGUGUGUGCACAUGAUAAUUUCCUCAUUGUUGUACGUAUUUUAAGAGGGGCCAAAGAAGGGGAUAGCUGCAUAGAUAAAAUUGUACCAGUUCUACACUGUCAGAUAUGUGAAGAGAGAGUUUUUCAUCCAAACACAUUGUCUCCACAAGAAGACCCAUACAGUUUGCUACCAUGUUCCUGCAACAAGAAUAAUCCUGGGAAGACUGCUGUUAUUUUAGGACCUGCCUGGUCAGGAAAACUUUUCAAUGUUUCAUUUUUAGAUUCAAUGUUACAUGGUUGUAAAGACUUGGAUUGGAAUUUCUCAGACAAUUUCAGUAUUGAAACUUUAGUGGAAGAGGCUAAGUGUCCAAACUGUUCCCUUCCAGAAGAUGACAGUGAGGAACCAGAUCUGAAGAAGACAAAGUUAUCUCCCCCUGAAGAGCCAAUGCCACCAUUUUACUACAAUCUUCAUGCCAUGAAAUUGAAAUCUGUUGAACAUCCUAAAUUCAGUCGUUUGUUAGAGUACCUGAGGCAGGAAGGAUAUAAAUGUAGCCGAACACAUUUAGAUGUCUAUGGCGUGAGAACAAAUGCAACAUUGAAACAGAUAACAGACAUAAUGUACAAAUAUUGUAAACAAAAGUCCUGAUAUUGUUUUUGAUAUUUGUUAUUUUUUAUACACCUGCAAAGGAUAGAACAUAUUACGGAACACCAUUGUUAGUCUGUCUAGUGUAAACUUGUUGGAAUAUUUAACAUCGCCAUUUCUAGGUGACAAGAAAUUUUUUCCAAAUUAUAAGAAAAUUAGUCAGAGGGUUUUGGUACUAUUUUGACAAUUUUAUGUGUGUUGUUGUUGAGUUACAGGACUUCAUUUUGUGAGAAAGAUGGCAUAGUGUCAAACGUUGAUAAAUCUUAAUUUAUUUGUAUAGUUUUAGUCAUUUUUUUAUAGAUUAUUAAGACUUGUUGUUGGAUGAUGUACAUACAAUAAAAUUAUAUUAAUAUA